AUGUUAGAUUGCUCCCGACCGGUUGAAUAUGACAACGAGCGGAGUCUGGACGACAAUUCCAGCUCCGACGUGAGCGAGGUCUUUUCGGAUAUUGAAUCUGAUAGCGACUCUAACACUGACCUGGAACUUGAUAGCGAGAAUUUAGACAACAAUGAUGAUGAGCUCGACGGCACUCUUUUCAGCGAUGAGGGCCAACUGUCUCCGGAAUACUACUUGGCUUAA